AUGAUAUUCCAUCUGGAUGAGGAUUUGGGUAGAUUGAAGUUGAGCGAUUCGGAAGAUAGUUCAUUGCGGCAAGGUCCGAUAGCUAUCUUUGACGAGCGGGACGAUGUUGACCAUUUGACCGUGAGAACAGAGCCCAUACCAUUUAAGGAUGGUAGAACUAGGAGAAGGUCUUCGGUUUUGGAGAAGUUCCCUGUCUCCACACCACCUUGUACUAGACGAGUUUCUAUUACUGCUGCUUCAAAUCCCUUCACGAGUGGGUCUCUGGACCUAGGCAUAUCACCUAAUGAUGGAGGUACGGGACUCACGAGGAGUUUGAGAGAUUUUAGACCAGUUAGAGUCCUUGGUAAAGGUGCGUAUGGUAAAGUUGUACUGGUUGAAGACGAACAGACAAGUAAAUUGUAUGCGAUGAAGCAGUUGCAAAAGGCAGACAUUAUUAUCACGAAGGAUAGUGAGGAAUUGAACGGCGAUAAAAACGUAUCAAAACUCAUUGAAAGGACUUUUGCAGAGAGAACUAUUCUAUCCGAGUUGGAACACCCAAAUAUUGUUAAACUAUUCUACUCAUUCCAUGAUAAUUCCAAACUAUAUUUAAUAUUACAGUACAUCCCUGGAGGAGAAUUGUUCUUCCAUUUGAAGGAACAAGGAACGCUUGAUGAAGAUACAGUGGCAUUUUACGCAGCAGAAAUUAGCUGUGCGUUGAAAUUUCUUCACAGCAAAGGUAUAGUCUACCGUGAUUUAAAACCAGAAAAUUGUCUUCUUGACCAACAUGGUCAUUUGGUGCUAACAGAUUUUGGUCUAAGCAAGAAAAGUGUUGUUCAACGGGAUAAUCCGCUAUCGUCGAGCACCGAGGGCGAUUUACUUGGCGAGGAAGUGACAAGCCUUCAUUCGAUUAUAGGAACGCCGGAGUACUGUGCCCCAGAGAUCUUACAAGGUAUUCCGUACACAAAGAACUGCGAUUGGUACUCACUGGGCUGCCUCAUGUACGAUAUGAUGACCGGGAAACCGCCUCAUACGGGAGCCAAUCACAAGGUCAUCCUAAACAAGAUCCAGAAGGACAAACAAGGUCCCAAGAUCCCAUAUUAUUUAAGCGACGGUAUGAAAGAUAUGCUGUCAGCCCUAUUGAAGAAAGAGCACACCAAAAGGUGGGAUGUCGAUCAAUAUUGGAAAAAUACCACGGAUAACAAGAAUAAACAAAAGAAGAAGAGGAAAGCGGGGCAGGAAAGAACUUCAGCUUUUACAUCUCACUUCAUAUUUCGCAAGAUAAACUGGCAGCGACUCGAGUCGGGGGCCCUACAAAGCUCAGAACUGGGGCCGAUAGUGCCAUUGAUCACAGACUGGGCUCUGGCAGAGAAUUUCGACUCAGAGUUCACAUCAAUGUCCUACGAUGACCCAAAAGACAACAUCAAUAUUCCUAAAUCGGCCUCAGACGUCUUCAAAGGGUUCAGCUACAAAGCCAGCGGUAGCUACCUUGACAAAUACUUCUAG